CGCGUGGGCUGGGGCGGGGCACGGCGCGGGGCGGGGCUGGUAGGCGCCGGCGUGGAGCUGCCGCACGUGGGAGGGCGCUGGCCAGGCAGCCACUGUGGCCUCUGCGGCUAGGCCGGCUCGAGAGUCCCGGGCGCCCAGGCGCUGCCGCCCGCCUCGCCGCCCCACGCUGAAGGACCACGCGCCCGCCGUCGCCAGCCUCUCAGCGCUCCCAUGAUCUCCCGGUGCCUUUUGGCUGUGCGAAGCCUCCGCAGAUUUGGUGGUUCCAGGAUUUUACUCAGAAUGACAUUAGGAAGAGAAGUGAUGUCUCCUCUUCAGGCAAUGUCUUCCUAUACUGUGGCUGGCAGAAAUGUUUUAAGAUGGGAUCUUUCACCAGAGCAAAUUAAAACAAGAACUGAGGAGCUCAUUGUGCAGACCAAACAGGUGUACGAUGCUGUUGGAAUGCUCGGUAUUGAGGAAGUAACUUACGAGAACUGUCUGCAAGCACUGGCAGAUAUAGAAGUAAAGUAUAUAGUGGAAAGGACCAUGCUAGACUUUCCCCAGCACGUAUCCUCUGACAAAGAAGUACGAGCAGCAAGUACAGAAGCAGACAAAAGACUUUCUCGUUUUGAUAUUGAGAUGAGCAUGAGAGGAGAUAUAUUUGAGAGAAUUGUUCGUUUGCAGGAAACCUGUGAUCUGGGGAAGAUAAAACCUGAGGCCAGACGAUACUUGGAAAAGUCAAUUAAAAUGGGGAAAAGGAAUGGGCUCCAUCUUCCUGAACAAGUACAGAAUGAAAUCAAAUCAAUGAAGAAAAGAAUGAGUGAGCUAUGUAUUGAUUUUAACAAAAACCUCAAUGAGGAUGAUACCUUCCUUGUAUUUUCCAAGGCUGAACUUGGUGCUCUUCCUGAUGAUUUCAUUGACAGUUUAGAAAAGACAGAUGAUGACAAGUAUAAAAUUACCUUAAAAUAUCCACAUUAUUUCCCUGUCAUGAAGAAAUGUUGUAUCCCUGAAACCAGAAGAAAGAUGGAAAUGGCUUUUAAUACAAGGUGCAAAGAGGAAAACACCAUCAUUUUGCAGCAGCUACUCCCACUGCGCGCCAAGGUGGCCAAACUACUUGGUUAUAGCACACAUGCCGACUUCGUCCUUGAAAUGAACACUGCAAAGAGCACAAGCCGCGUAACAGCCUUUCUAGAUGAUUUAAGCCAGAAGUUAAAACCCUUGGGUGAAGCAGAACGAGAGUUUAUUUUGAAUUUGAAGAAAAAGGAAUGCGAAGACAGGGGUUUUGAAUAUGAUGGGAAAAUCAAUGCCUGGGAUCUAUAUUACUACAUGACUCAGACAGAGGAGCUCAAGUAUUCCAUAGACCAAGAGUUCCUCAAGGAAUAUUUCCCAAUUGAGGUGGUCACCGAAGGCUUGCUGAACACCUACCAGGAGUUGUUGGGACUUUCAUUUGAACAAGUGACAGAUGCUCAUGUUUGGAACAAGAGUGUUACACUUUAUACUGUGAAGGAUAAAGCUACAGGAGAAGUAUUGGGACAGUUCUAUUUGGACCUCUAUCCAAGGGAAGGAAAAUACAAUCAUGCGGCCUGCUUCGGUCUGCAGCCGGGCUGCCUUCUGCCUGAUGGAAGCCGGAUGAUGGCAGUGGCUGCCCUCGUGGUGAACUUCUCACAGCCAGUGGCAGGUCGUCCCUCUCUCCUGAGACACGACGAGGUGAGGACUUACUUCCAUGAGUUUGGUCACGUGAUGCAUCAGAUUUGUGCACAGACUGAUUUUGCACGAUUUAGCGGAACAAAUGUGGAAACUGACUUUGUAGAGGUGCCAUCGCAAAUGCUUGAAAAUUGGGUGUGGGACAUCGAUUCCCUCCGAAGAUUGUCAAAACAUUAUAAAGACGGAAGGCCUAUUUCAGACGAUCUGCUUGAAAAACUUGUUGCUUCUAGGCUGGUCAACACAGGUCUUCUGACCCUGCGCCAGAUUGUUUUGAGCAAAGUUGAUCAGUCUCUUCAUACCAACACAUCGCUGGAUGCUGCAAGUGAAUAUGCCAAAUACUGCUCAGAAAUAUUAGGAGUUGCAGCUACUCCAGGCACAAAUAUGCCAGCUACCUUUGGACAUUUGGCAGGGGGAUACGAUGGCCAGUAUUAUGGAUAUCUUUGGAGUGAAGUAUUUUCCAUGGAUAUGUUUUACAGCUGUUUUAAAAAAGAAGGGAUAAUGAAUCCGGAGGUUGGAAUGAAAUACAGAAACCUAAUCCUGAAACCUGGGGGAUCUCUGGACGGCAUGGACAUGCUCCACAAUUUCUUGAAACGUGAGCCAGACCAAAAAGCGUUCCUAAUGAGUAGAGGCCUGCAUGCUUCGUGAACUGGGGAUCUUUGGUAGCCGUCCAUGUCUGGAGGACAAGUCGACAUCACCGUGUGUUACUGGCCUGGAAACUGAAGGGAGUUUUGCAAAUGAAAAUUUAGAUUUCUAUUGACGUCCUUUUGUUUUCUGAUUUUAAAAAUUAUAAAGAUGUAAAUGGAAUUAUAAAUACUGUGACCUAAGAAAAGACCCACUAGAAAGUACUUGUACUAUAAAAUUUCAUAAAACUGGAUUUGAUUUCUUUUUAUGAAAGUUUCAUAUGAAUGUAACUUGAUUUUUUACUAUUAUAAUCUAGAUAAUAUGAUAUAAGAGGGCUAAGAAUUUUUAAAUUGAAUCAUAUACAUGAUAUAAUUUGAUCCUUCUUGUAUCUUGAAGUUUUCUACUUGGGAUUUCUGGACUGAUAAAUGAAUCAUCACAUUCUUCUGGUAAAUAUUUUCUUGGA